AUGUCCGAGUCAUACGAAGCCACCUUCCGCUGGCCACAUGCCGGAGCCUCCGACGUAAUUGUCACCGGCACUUUCGACGGUUGGUCGUGCUCACACCACCUCACCAAAACGCCUUCUGGCUUCUUCCACGGCGCGUUUAGCGUCCCCUGGGGUGACGUCGUCCAGUACAAGUACAUCGUCGACGGCCGCUGGACGACUACCGAUGAUCAGGCCACCGAGCUUGACCCCAUGGGCAACCUCAACAACGUCCUCCGCGCCCCCGCGCGCCCUCCGACGCCCAAGUCGGCGUCACCCCCGCCUUCCCCUCAAGCUGAGACGACCCUAGGCAGGGUGAAUGGCUUUGUUGAGACCGCGAGGCAGGCCGUGGUCGGCAUGGUCGAAGCCCUCGCGCCGGGAACGACCGAGACUCCCGCUGCGACUCCUGUUGCAGAGAAAUUCGACCCAACUCCUGAGCCGGUUUCUGCUCCCGAAGAACCCUUGCCUGAGCCCUCUGCGCCCGAGGCUAGCGCUCCGGAGAUCACGAGUGAAGCCGUUCUGCCCUCCGAGCCCGCUCCCGUCGCGCCAGAAGUGCCCGUGCCCGUCCUCCCGCUGAGCACCGAGCCCGCGCUCGAGACGCUCAGCGUCCCCAUCGCGGACGUAUCUGAGAGCAAGCCGCUCGAGACGACGAUUGUCGAAGGCAGCACCACCGCUGAAACGGCCGUCGAGCCCACUCCCGUCAUUCCCGUCGAGGCUCCGGCCGUCGUCGCACCCGAGCCUACUGUGGAUGUAUCCGCAAGCGCGCCCAUCGAGACGACUAUCGUCGAGGGCAGCACGACCGCCGAAGCCGCUGCGCCCGCGCCUACUGCCGCAGCCGAGCCCGCCGUGGAGCCGUCCACGCACACACCCGCUGGCGCGAACGGCGUGUCAGAAGAGAAGCCCGCGACAAAUGGCACUACGCCCGCGGUGAACGGCACUAACGGCACUGCCACGCCCAAGCCCACCGCUGCUCGCACAACAAGUACGAACGGCGCAUCCACGAAGACCGUGACGCCGCCCGGCUCAACGGGUACUUCGCCCGCGACGACGCCUGCGAAGGAGAAGCGGAUGCGUUUCCCCUCGCUCUCUUCGCGCUCUCUGCACUCGCGCUCCCGCUCUAGCGUCGAGACCCCAAGUGAACUCGGGGAGACCAAGGAGAAGAACGGGACUAUCGCGAGCCGCCUAGGGAGCUCGGAACGCGUCAAGCGACGCACGAGCCUGUUCGGGAAGCUCAAGGACGUCUUCCACCCGAAGCAUGAGACGAAGCCCGAGGCAUCGUCGUAAAGUGUGCGCGGGUGGGUGUGUGGAAGGCAUGCACUGGGGAUUUCCACGGUGCAUGUGUGCGGGGCAGAGAUGGGGACGAUUUGUGGCUUGCUUCACGAUAUAGACUUCUCAUGAUCGGCUACGAGUAUCUCUUGCGCAGGAUAUCUUUUUUCUGUCUUAGUGUUUCGCGUUCUCUUUUGUAGACCGUAGUUUUCUUCUUCUGUAUUAUAAUUUGUACUUGGUAGCAGCGAUAUCCUUUUUUCUCCCUCUCCUGUCGCCGUUCCGGGCUCGUAAUACAUGUUACCUGAUCAAAUGGACGGCGACAUUUUGAACCCGC